CUUGCUCCCCCAGUCCAACAAAAUCCCGGCCCCCUUUUGCGUGCCGAACCCUCUCUCUCCUCCUCCUCGGCUCUCUAUCCGCGUCGCCUUCUCUUUCCCCGCCUCCUUUCUCGCCGCCUAACCUUCCUUCUAGAACUCCUAAAGCCGCACGCCAAAACCCUAACCCUAGAGGUGCGUGGCUCUGGUCCUGUACCGGAGCUGAGAGCUACGGCGGUUGCCCCUCGGGCCGGAUCUGGUUGAUGUGACGGAGUCCGAACAUCGCCUUCCCAGAUGAACCUGUGGACCGACGACAACGCCUCCAUGAUGGAGGCCUUCAUGGCCACCACCACCCCCGACCUCCAGGGCUUCCCCUGGGCUCCGCCACCUGCUGCGUCGGCGGCUGGAGGGUGUCACGUGCCCUCAUCCCAGUCCGCCGUCAUGUCAUCGGCGGCGGCGGCGCCGCCCGCACCGGCGUAUUUUAACCAGGAGACCCUCCAACAGCGGCUCCUGACACUGAUCGAGGGGGCGAGGGAGACAUGGACCUACGCGAUCUUCUGGCAAUCGUCUGUUGACGUGGCCUCCGGCGUGUCGCUGCUCGGCUGGGGCGACGGCUACUACAAGGGAUGCGAGGAGGACAAGCGGAAGCAGAAGACCACCAACCCCGCCACCGCUGCGGAGCAGGAGCACCGGAAGCGGGUGCUCCGGGAGCUUAACUCCCUCAUUUCCGGUGGCGCCGGCGGGUCCUCGCCCGACGAGACCGUGGAGGAGGAGGUCACGGACACGGAGUGGUUUUUUCUCGUGUCCAUGACGCAGUCGUUUGUCAACGGCGCCGGACUCCCUGGCCAGGCCUUCUUUGCCGAUGCUCCGAACUGGAUCGCUGGCGCGGACCGGCUGGCGUUGGCGCCCUGCGAUCGAGCGCGGCAGGCGCGGGAGCUCGGCCUCCAGACCAUGGUCUGCGUCCCGGUGGGGACUGGUGUGCUGGAGCUCGGAUCCACGGAUGUCAUCUAUCAGAGCUUGGAGCUCAUGAACAAGAUCAGAGUCCUCUUCAACUUCAACAGCUUCGAGAUCCCUUCCGGAUCCUGGCUCCCUACGCCGGCAGCGACGCCUGCUGUGGCCGACCAAGGCGAGACCGAUCCCUCUAUGCUCUGGCUUGCAGAUCCAACCAUGGUCGAGAUCAAGGACUCAGUCUCCCCUGCAUCUGCCACGGCUGAUAUUUCCAUCACCAAACCCCCAAUCCAAUUCGACAACCCUAGCUCCAGUACUGUCACCGAAAACCCUAGUUCGAUUCAGAUGCAGCAACACCACAACCACCACCAGCAACAGCAACAGCAGCAGCAGCAACAUCAAAAUCAGAACAGCAAUAGCAAUGUACAGACGCAAUCAUUGUUCACCAGCAGAGAGUUUAAUUUCGCCGAGGUCGUGUUGAACGGCUCUGCCCCUCCACAGGCCUUCAAACCGGAGUCCGGCGAGAUCCUAACUUUCGGCAAUAACAAGAGAAAUUCCUCUCCAGCCCCUAGCAGCCUAUUCUCGCAUCACCAGAUUGCAACCGUCACCGCCGCCGAUGACAAGAAGAACAAGCGAUCGACUGGGGCCACAUCGAGGGGGAGCAACGACGAGGGGAUGCUCUCCUUCUCCUCUGCCGCCGCCCGGCCCUCCUCAGCAGGUCAGGUGAAGUCUGGUGGCGGGAUCCUUGGUGGGGCCGACUCGGACCACUCGGACCUCGAGGCCUCGGUGCGGGAGGUGGAGAGCAGCCCUGUGGUCGAGCCCGAGAAGCGGCCUAGAAAGCGGGGUCGGAAGCCGGCCAACGGCCGGGAGGAGCCACUCAAUCACGUGGAGGCCGAGCGGCAGCGCCGGGAGAAGCUGAACCAGAGGUUCUAUGCCCUCCGUGCGGUGGUACCGAACGUGUCAAAGAUGGACAAAGCAUCGCUUCUUGGGGAUGCCAUUUCCUACAUCAACGAGCUAAGAUCCAAGCUACAAUCUUUGGAAUCAGAUAAGGAGGGGCUUCAAACCCAGAUCGAGGCCCUCAAGAGAGAGCGAGACUCCAAUCCUGCACGGCCAUUGCAGCUGCCGGAUCAAGAUAUGAAAAUGAUGAACGGCGGACGGUGCCACGGAGUGGAGAUUGAGGUGAAGAUCCUGGGGGUAGAGGCGAUGAUCCGGGUGCAGUGCCAUAAGAGGAAUCACCCGGCGGCGAGGCUGAUGGCAGCAUUGAAAGAGCUGGAUCUUGAUGUCUAUUAUGCAAGUGUGUCGGUCGUCAAGGACCUCAUGAUCCAGCAGGCAACAGUGAAGAUGUCGAGUAGGGUUUACACUCAGGAGCAGCUCAGUGCUGCCCUCUUCUCCAGAGUUGGAGAGCCUCCUAGCAGUAGAUAAAUGUGCUUCCUCUAAUAACCAAGGGUGGUUUUUGCGAGGAUUGCUCACCUUGGGUGGCUUGUAAUGGCGCUGGGAAGAGUUUUUAGACCUCGGCUAGUUUGUAACUUCGUAUUAUGUUUAUAGUUUAUAUGAAUUAUGAGGGUACAUCCCAAUCUCUUUGCAGUCUGGGAUUGUGAUCUUUCUGCCAGGAUAGUGCUUGAGAGAGGAUGGAGAAGAUUGUUGUUGUACACUGGAAGUGGUCUCUCUUCCUUGUCCAAGUUACCUGUAAAUAAACAAUGCAUGUUUAGUGGGUCGAGUCUGAUGUUUUAUCUAAUAAGUAGUGCUGUUAAUUGCUUUUUGACUCCCUUUCAUGGAGAUUAAGCAUGGAAUCCUUGUUGCUUUUGUGUUUUUUCUU